GCGAAAGGACGACCGAAAGCUACCGUUUCUCCUCUCCUUUUUGCGCCAAGAAAAGGGAGAGGGGCGAGAGCCGGAAAAAAAUUCUAAAACCCUAACCCUCGCUCUCGAUCUCUGAGGUUAUGGCUUCUAGUGGAUCUUCUGGGAGAGCUGGCUUGGGCUCCCGAUCGUUCGAUUUCGGCACCGAUGAUGUUCUCCGCUCUUAUGACGACUACGCCGCCCAAGAUAACUCCAAUGGGAAGCGAUCGGAUCCGCCGAGGAAGUCCUCUGGCGUCGGAUUGGGAUUGGAAUGGAAGGUCUGGAUCUUUAUUGGAGAUCGGCGAUGGAUAUUGUGUUAAUUUGAUGAUCGUUUUUCUGCCGUCUAAAUAUUUUAUUGGAUGCAUAGGAAAAGAAUCGUCUUGGGUUUUGAUGAGGAGAUAUGUUGUGGAUUUCGUCGAAUCAGUGUUCCUCCCGUUUAUGCUGGCUUCCAACCCAAUAGCUUGUGAAAUUGUUUAUAUGGGUUUAUUUUCUUGAUGAGAAGUAUCUUUCUGUCAUUUUUUUUUUGAUUAUUAAACUUGUUUAAUUUGGAUUCAGUUUCGAAAUACCAAAUAGGUUCGCUCUCUAAUUUCCGUAAAGAUCCUAUCACGUGCCAGGUCUGUGAUGUUUGCAAUUCAGAAAUCAAAUGGUCAACUUUGUUUAAAAUAAAUGGGGUUCGUUGGGUUCGUUUAAUAUAUAAAUUUAUUAUUGAGAUAAAGAUCUGCUUAAUGGACACCAGAUUACAUUAAGUCAUAUAAUUUUUCGAUUCACUGGUCUGGUGUAUCAUUAAGCAGGAUUUCCAUGAGAGCAGAAGGGGAAGACCAUUGGUUAAUAUCUACGAGCAAGAGGAUUAUUCCAAAGAGGAGAUGAUAUCUGCUGUUGAGAAGUGCAUGAAAAAAUAUGCUGAUAAUCUACUCCAGUUUCUUGAGGGAAUCAGUGGACGGCUGUCACAGCUGGAGUUAUAUUGCUACAAGAUUGAGCGUUCAUUAGGUGAAUUUCGAUCAGAUGUUAUUCGUGAUCAGAAUGAGGCAGAAAUGAAGUUCAAGUCUCUUGAGAAGCAUCUCCAAGAAGUCCAAAGGUCUGUACAAAUUCUAAGGGACAAACAAGAACUUGCCGAAGCUCAGAAAGAACUGACCAAACUGCAACUUGGACAAAAAGAAUCUACACAGAAGAAUGAAGAGGUGGUUUUUCCGUCACCCUCUGAGACCAAACAGCACGAUGACAAGCCAGAUGUGGUGAACCAACAGUUGGCUCUUGCUCUGCCUCACCAAACUGUCACUCAAGCAUCUGUAUUGCUUCCCAUGCAUCAGCCAGCACCUGUGCAGCAAGGUCGCUAUAUAUUGAACCAAUCAAGCACAUACUACCCGCAGCGUCAUCCUUUGCAUCAAGAUCAACAAAGCCAACCAUUACAACCUGAGAUACAAUAUGUGCAGCAGAGACCUCAAAUUCAGGAUUUUCCAGUCCAGGCCCCACAGCAGCAGUCUCAAGUAGUAAGUCAGACUCAGCAGCCACACCCUCAAUAUCAGCAGCAAUGGCCUCAGCAGCCGCCUCAUCAGUUUUCACAACAGGUGGUGCAACCACAAAAACCUGUUUCUCAGGCUCAGAUUGGACCUCAAGCUCCACCAUCCUCUUAUCCUCCUAGCCCGCCACAGACUACCAAUCCUGUUCCUGAAUCAUACCCUGGCAGCAUGGCUAUGCAAGUUCCUUACACCACAAUUUCUCAGCCUGUUGGGAAUCGUCCUGAAGCUGUGCCAUUUGGUUAUGGAGGACCAGGCAGCAUGGUGUCGCAACCACUCCCUCAACAUGGUUCACAACGCCAGCCGCAACCUCCAACUAGUCAGAGCUCUUUUGGACGACCCCUGAAUAAGGGUGCUUAUGUGGGCCCUGCACCUUACACACCACCAUUGAAUGCUCAGAGUUACAACACAAUGUACAGCUACCCUCCAAGCAAUGUUUCACCUGCCCAGAAUCCCCAACUGCCUCCUAGCAAUGUUGUCAGGGUCCAUCAUCCUGGCUUACAGCUGAUGCACACUCAGCCAUAUGGAGAAAUGAUCGAGAAAGCUGUUAGUAUGGGAUAUGCAAGGGAUCAUGCUGCUAGUGUGAUCCAGAGGAUGGAGGAGAGUGGUCAGCCUAUCGACUUCAAUUCCCUGCUUGAUAGGCUCAAUGGUCAAGCUGGGGGAGCAUCCUCACGACCAUGGUCAGGCUGACACUGUGUUUCAUGCAGAAAUGGAGCCAUAAUCCUAAAGGAGGUUCCUUUUUUAAUGAUUCCUCCUAGUUAUCAGAUGUUUGAAAAUAAUCUCUUGACAGCAUGAUGGUUGUAAAUUCAAGUGGUGGCUGUUCGUAUGAGUGUCCUCUUCAUACCUGUGGUUGCAUGAAUUUGGUCGGUGUUGACAGAAUCACAAUAUAAAUUCAUGGUGAAUGCAUUGGUGAGAGGUAUUACACAAAAUUAGAACUUAGCCUUCAUCAUUUGUUGAGCAUGGUAGCAGUUGAUAUGAAGGGCUAUCAGCAUGGAUAUCUGUGUUUUAUAGUUUCCUUGAACCAUUUAAAUUGGGUCGUAUGGGAUGCCUUCCAUUUCCUUCCCCCAUAAAUAACUACUGAAGUCAGUAUUCCAUUC